CUUUUAUCAGUAUGAAUGAUCAGCCUUCUGUAUAAAACCCGGAUAUUAUUCCCUAAACCGUUUGAAUCAGUUUAUGGUGUCUUUUCACUGGGCAGCAACAAUAAGUGUGUCUUGUGUGUGUUCUCCAGGCCGGACGGUGCUGUACCGGGCGACGUCUUGGUUCUGACCAAACCUCUGGGGACACAGGUGGCUGUGAACGCUCACCAGUGGCUCGACCAGCCUGAAAGGUGGAACAAGAUCAAACUAGUUGUCACCAAAGAGGAAGUUAAAGAGGCUUAUCAGGAAGCCAUGUUCUCCAUGGCAACGCUAAACCGCACAGCGGCAGGCCUAAUGCACAAGUUCCAGGCCCACGCCGCAACAGACGUGACAGGUUUCGGGUUGCUCGGUCAUGCCAACAACCUCGCAGCACAGCAACGAAACGAGGUGGCUUUUGUCAUCCAUAACCUACCUAUCCUGGCCAAGAUGGCUGCCGUCAGUAAAGCCUGUGGAAACCUGUUCAACCUGGUUCAGGGCACGUCAGCAGAGACCUCUGGUGGACUGCUGGUGUGUCUGCCCAGAGAGCAGGCGGCCAAGUUCUGCUCAGAAAUGAAGAGCCAGAGCUCCGGAGCUGGAGGUCAGGGGGCGGCAGGCGGGGCGUGGAUAAUUGGAAUUGUCGAAAAGGGCGACCGCCGCGCUCGCAUCAUCGACAAGCCCCGCAUCAUCGAGGUUCCACCCCGAGGAAGUCAGGCAGCAAAUCAGGACAACAGCUCCACCAGCCCCUCUCCAAGCCCCAAUUUGUUAUAGACACUGUGUGUGAGUGUGUAUGUGUGUGUGUGUGUGAGUGUGUGUGUCCAUCUCAUCCCCUUUUACAGUCAAAGUGCUGAGAGCACACAAAUGAAAUCAGUCAUUUCUCCAUCUAUAAAGAUGGAGAGUUCCUGGAACAUGGGUGGUGUUUCUGGGCAGUGUCCUCAUUCUUAAUGUAUAGAGACACGUGACUCUCUAAGAUUCAUCUGAAGGCAAAAAAAAAACAAAAAAACUUUUAAUUAUGAAAACAUUCCAAAUCAUUCUCGCCAGCAAAAACAAAAAAAAAAAAGUGUGUGAUUAUUUUAUCAUUUGAUUAGGUGCUCUGCGGUGAGGACGUGGAACAUGCCGGUUUUGUUUUGGAUGUGGAUGAUGUGAACGUCUCAUGUCGGUGAAUGUAUCAUGUGGAAAACGAGCGGUUCAUGGGUCGCUCCUGGCACCUGGCUCUGCCCACACAGCCCACAGGAAGGCUUGAGCAGCUUCCUUUGGACAGGCUGGGUGGUGUUCAGAAUGUCCUUCUGUGUCAGCUGAUUGGCUGUCCAGCACCAAGUCCUUCCUGCCCUUCCUUUUUAUGAAGCUCUGCCCUUUAAACCCCAGCCAGGGGGCAGGUGGAGUGGAUGUUUGCCUUUGGAUUGGGGUCGGACUUCGACUGCUGGAGGUCUAAAGCUGUCUUUGUUUGUAGAUUUCAUGCUUUUCACAAUCAAUAAAAUCCAUCAUGAACUCACUGAAA